UGGUAAUUAGCUUUUAUUACCCAUAUUCUAGAAACAGAUUAUAGCAAUAAAAUAUAUGAAUUAAUCAUAAUUUAGUAUACUUAAUUACUAUAGUUGUAUUUUCAGUUUAUAAUCAGUUAAAAUGGAUAUAAAACCAGACUGUUCAACGGAAGAAAAAUGUGAAAAACAACCUGAAUUGGAUGCAAUAGAUUUAACAGAGAGAUUAUAUAGUUAUGGAAAAAGAAAUUACACUCAGCCCAAAACAAAACCAAAGUAUAUUCCAAAAGAAAGACUUCAAAAACCUAAGAAACAGCAAGAAACUAGAGAGCCAAUUUUUGGAUUAACAUAUGUAAAAGAAACAAUUACUGAAGAUAAAAAAGAAGUUAAAGAAGAAAAAAUAAAAUCAUUAAAAGUAAAUGACUUUUUAGAUAUAUGUUUUAUGUUGUUAAUAUUUGUUACAUUUAUUAUAUAGUUGAGUCCACUUAACACUAAAUGCAAACUG